UUAAGGUUAAUUGGUUUAAGGUUAAUUGUAGCGGCAUUGGAAACAAUUAUAAGCGGCAAGGCAACGAUUCAGAAUUGGGAAUAGAAGUCGAGGCCCCAGAUCAAGUUUUUUUCUUCAGUAAAGUUUAGUACAACUAUUUUAUUCGGUUAUUCUUAAUAUAGAUUCUCAAUCAAAGGUAGGCUUGUCUUGCUGUGUACCUACGCCUAUUUUGGAUGAUGGGCACAUCAACAAAUAAUGCACAAAUUCUAGAUAUGGACAACAAAGAGGAAUGUUCUGAAAAGUCAAAUGACGAGGAAAUAGAAGAUUUAGAGUGGUCUCCAGAUCAAGAAAUUCUCCUUUUAUAUUCACUUCAUGGAUUGAAACCUGUUGGUCCUCAUAAACAUUUCCGCAUGAUAAAGAUUCAUGAGCGUCUUUCAAGUGCAAUGAACAAAAGAAUUUCUCCAUCUAUCAUUUGGAAGAAACUUAACUGUUGGUAUGACAUGGAAGCAUUGGAUGAAGCUGAGGCAGAAGCAGAUGCAGCCAGUGCGGUUGAAGUAGACUUUGAGCUACCACUAGAUGAAUACAGUGAACUGAUCGAGCAGAAGCUGAGACAACUCCCCCCAACAAUACGUAGGCAAAACACUGAACCAGAGGCUAAUAUGGAAAACAUAGUGGAACUACAGAAAGAUAAUCAGGCAGAGUCGGAUACUUCAUCUCAAGACCAAAAAUUGGGUUUGUCUGAUGGAGAGAGUAGUAAAGAAUCAGAUUCUUCUAAAGGAAUUACAACCCCUAAAAAUACUGGAAAAGAAAUACCUAAAAGAGGUUCCAAGAGAACUUUGACUCCUGUUAAAGAUAACACACCUCAAAAAAAAGAUAGUUCUAAAGAAUCUGGCAAAAAAGAUACUUUGAAGAAAGAAGAUUCAAAGAAAGGCCAGGUAAGAGACGAAGAGAAAAUAGAAGCUGUCAGAAAGUCAGUUUUGGAUAGUAAAAAAGAUCUCAAAAAAGAGGACGGUAAUAAGUUAAAUAAAAAGGACUCAUUGACCAAAAAACUCCCGGAGCAAACAAAAAAAGAAGUCGAGGCUAAGAAAUCAGACCAGAAAAAAACUUUAGACACUUCAAAAAAUCAAAGGGAAACUCCAAAGCCACUGCGGAGUGAUUCCGCAAAAAGGGGUGAGACUAAAAUAACUCGUUCAGAAACACCUAAGCAGAAAGUAGAUUUGAAAAAAGAAGUUAAUUCAGACAAGAAGAAAGAAAUGGAAAAGAAAACUGAAGGAAAAUCUCCAGAAAAGACACCUGAAUCUUCCAGAACAGGAAAGUUAAGAGGUAGAAAGGACGUGGACUCUGAAAAGCUGGAAACUCCAACAGGAACAAAGCGAACAAAAGAGUCUAUGUCAAAGUCCACUGAAUCGUUAACAGACGAACCUCCUAAGAAAACAAAAAUGCCAGCAGUCAAGGGCAGACCCACUCGUAAUUCGAUGGAACCACAAAAGCCUGCGAGCCCUGCACCUUCCCCUCAGAAGAGAAGAACCAGAAUGUUUCCUCUUGUAGUUGGUGCCAAAAAUGCAGCCAUAAUCGGUAACUAUGAAAACCAGCCAUGAACAUUAAUAUGUUUCAUUCCAUGUUAAUGAAAUUCAGUAUACAAAGAAAUGAGGUGUGAUGUUGAAAAGAACUGAUUUAAGAAUAUUAUACUGUAAAUAUUUAGAAAUAAUCCUUAAAAAUAAAAAGUGUUUUAUUGUGUA